AUGCUUGGCGGAUCUAAGAAAACGCAAUCAUCCACCGCGUUACGGCGAUUGAUGACUGAAUACAAGCAGCUCACAACGCACGGCGCUCCUGACGGCAUGUUCACUGCGGGGCCGAUCAGCGAGGACAACUUCUUCGAGUGGGAGGCAUUAAUACAAGGACCAGAGGGGACUCCUUUUGAAGGAGGUGUGUUCCUUGCUCGGUUGACCUUCCCCACCGACUACCCACUCAGUCCAUUCAAGAUGAAGUUUGAUCCGGCCAUAUUCCAUCCAAACAUUUAUCCAAAUGGAGAGGUUUGCAUCUCUAUCUUGCAUACUCCUGGUGACGAUCCGCAUAUGUAUGAGCUUUCGUCAGAGCGAUGGUCACCCGUCCAGUCAAUUGAAAAAGUUGUUCUUAGUGUGAUAUCUAUGUUAGCGGAGCCCAAUCUGGAGAGUGGCGCCAACAUUGAUUGCUGCAAGCUGUACAGAGAUGAUCGUUCGGAAUAUGAGCGUCGUGUCAAACAGAUGAUCAGGGAGCAACUGGGAAUCACAGAGUGA